GAUUUAUAUGGAGUUUGUACUGUUAUUACCUUUUCACUUUCUUUAAAUAAUCUAGAUAAAUAUGCAAUUGUUCAGUAUUUUUUACUCAUUCUUGACGUUAUAUUUCUUGCAACUUUUAUUUUGUGGAUCUUACUCUAAACUGAAUCUUAAAUCUGCAAUCUUAAGGCAAAAGCAAGCACACAAAUCACAAAAUGACACUAUUGCAUAUCAACAGAGAAUCAAACAUGACGCUCAAAAGACCAUGCGAGUUAUUUUCUAUAAGAACAACAACAAAACUCUGGAAACGUCAGCCUAUGACGAUUUCUAUGAUCUUAAGAGGUCAGGUUGUUCAGCUUCCGACAAGUUUGCCAUAGUUUUACAUGGUUGGAUUCAAAGUUGCUCUGACGAAUGGGCAUUAACACUAAUUGACAGGCUAAGUUAUUACCGUGGCGGGUGUGUAAUAUGUAUUGACUACAGUGUGGUAGCUAGUUCCUCAUAUAUGCGGUUAUACACAAACUUUGAUACCCUAACUGGAGCCAUUUCGUCCAUUAUCUUAACACUCUUUAAGCAGGGAUUUGACCCAAAACGGGGCUAUAUGUUUGGUUUUAGCUUCGGCGGUCAACUAGCUUCAGCAGUAGGAAGAUCUUUGUGGCCUAAUCACAUAAUCGAAAGCAUAGAUACGUGUGACAUGGCCGGACCCGGAUUUGAUCCCAUUGCAGUGGACCAUUCUAAGGCCGGCAAACAUGUCCAGUGCUUUCAUUCGAGUCGCGAUAAGGGCACCUUGGUCUACUCCUGCCACCGAAACAUUAUGCUGGGCAGCUGUGGAUUAAAGCAGCCUUCCGUGGCCAGUCAACUUCACUUGGGAAGUCAUGGUCUCUGCGUCGAUAUAUAUAUCAACACAUUUGACUAUCCCUUCUACGCCGUAAACGCAACCCCGGCGGAGUGCUUUACCUGGCAAAAAGCGGCCAAGAUACCGGAUGGCUACACAGUGGGUUACGAGGAAAACUUUGACAGCCAAGUCUCUGGUCAAAUCUUUGUGCCAACUAGUCUGCAUUACCCAUACAACUUGUCCAAGAAGCAACUUAGGCUUUUGUCUAAAGAUAGUGGCUGAAAAGGCCAUUAACCUUCAUACAAUUAUUAGAACAUUAGGAAAGUUUAGUUUAGACCAAGAAUAAAUACCUCAACAGAUUAAA